AUGGCAAAGUGCAUUGCAAGCUUUCAACCUAGUGCAGCGGACACGUACCUGUACUCGUUGGCUAGAACUGCCGACACUGCCUUGGCGACCAUCGGAUCAGAUGACACUUUGAGCUUGUUGGAUGCCAGCAAUCUCAAGCUCCUGCAAAGCGCCAAAGGGUGUCAUUCCGGCGUCGCCUGCCUCGAGGCCGGAGGCGAUUCUCAUCUGGUCACUGGCGGUCGAGAUGGUCUGGUCCGCUGCUGGGACACGAGAGCAAAGAAAGUUGCUGAAUUUGCUGAACCGAGAGGAAAUGGAAUCUCCUCUCUGGCAUGUGUCGACCACUACAUCGCUGCUGGCACAGAAAGCCUAAAGGAAGGUCUGGGGGAUGUUAGCGUGCUGGUAUACGAUACUCGCAAUCCCUCGACACCACUCAGACAGUACAACGAGUCGCAUACGGAUACCGUCACCCAGCUCACAUUUCACCCGACUCAGCCACAUCUGCUUCUUUCCGGCAGUACAGAUGGUCUUGUCUCCAUCUUCGAUGUCAACCAGGCCGACGAGGAUGAUGCGCUGCAGCAGGUCCUGAAUCCACGGUCUGCGGUCCACUGCGCUGGAUUCCUCGAUCACGAUAUCGCUUACGUGGUAUCGACUGACGAGCAAUACUCACUGUACCCGCUCGCGAAGACUGCUUCGGAGGACGAACAAUUACCUCCGCCGAUCGUGUUUGGCGACAUCCGCAAGAAGCUGCAGUGUAUGUAUGUCGUCGACGUACUCGUUCAGGAGGAUGGACCACCUCUGAUGGUAUAUGGCCACACCGAGAAGCAGACACUGUCCAUCUCUUCACUUGGCGCACCUGGAGCUUGGUCUUUUGGGCAAAAGGUCGAACUGCCUGAAGCUCAUGGCGAAGAAGUUGUCAGAGAUCUGCUACUUGCUGGUCAACGGGCGUAUAGCUGUGGAGAGGACGGUAAUGUCAAGGCGUGGAGUCUUGGUGCGUGA